GCUGCUGGAUCAUUCACUAGCGUGUCGGUGGGGAGGAACGGGAGUUCGAAGGUCGGAGUUUCUCCAAAAUUGGCCUCCAAACGAACCUCGGCUCAUUUCGUCAUGCGCAAUUCAGAACACCGAGGUGCAACUACCCUGGCCCUGCCGACUCUAUCCUUCCCGCAUUUACCUUCAGAAUGCCGGGACUGUGUGAUCAGUCUUGAGGUUCUUCUAUUUUUCUUUUUGGUUUUCUUCUUCUAUCCUUGCUUAAGCUCUUCCCCUCACCCUUACUGCCUGGGAGCUAGGGUCUUUUCACCUUACUCGGCAUUCAACUUUUCUAUCAGUCGAUUCGCUCAUCCUGCAUAAUGGCUGGCCAAUCGAAACCCGCGCUCUCCCCUUGGGGUAGCGCUGUCGCAGGUGCAACUGGUGCUGUUCUCGCAAAUGCCAUCGUCUAUCCACUGGACCUUGUCAAAACCAAACUUCAAGUCCAAGUGAAGAACGCACCUGAAUCGAAAAGCGGAGAUGUAGUACAUUACGAGUCGACCCUAGAUGCCAUCAACAAAAUCGUGGAAAAGGAGGGGAUUGAAGGUUUAUAUUCCGGGAUGGUUGGUUCUUUGCUUGGCGUUGCUUCGACCAACUUUGCGUACUUCUACUGGUACAGCGUGGUGAGAAGCCUUUAUAUGGCAUCGAAGAGCGUAUCUAAGCCACCCGGAACCGCUAUGGAGCUUUCCCUUGGUGCUGUGUCCGGGGCUAUCGCUCAGAUCUUCACUAUUCCAGUUGCUGUUAUCACAACCAGGCAGCAGACACAGCCAAAGAGCGAGAAGAAGGGUCUGAUCGAGACUGGUAAGGAGGUCGUCAAUAGCGAAGAUGGCUGGACGGGUCUAUGGAGAGGUCUCAAGGCCAGUUUGAUCCUGGUUGUCAACCCGGCCAUUACCUACGGUGCCUAUCAACGUCUGAAGGAUGUCCUUUUCAAAGGAAGGAACAAUCUGAAGCCCUGGGAGGCUUUCCUCCUGGGUGCUCUUUCCAAGGCAAUGGCCACAAUUGCAACCCAGCCGUUGAUUGUGGCCAAAGUUGGUCUUCAGUCGCGGCCACCCCCUGGUCGCGAAGGCAAGCCCUUCAAGACCUUUGGUGAAGUUAUGCGGUAUAUCAUUCAGAACGAGGGCGCGCUGUCCCUCUUUAAGGGUAUUGGGCCUCAGAUCUUGAAGGGUCUGUUGGUGCAAGGCUUGUUGAUGAUGACAAAAGAGAGGAUGGAACUCAUUUUCAUCGUUCUCUUCGCAUAUUUGAAGAAUAUUAGAUCGCAGAAACUAAAGAAGGUCGUCGAUACUGCUGCGGCCGAGGCUAAGACCAGCCUUCCGGCAACCCUGAAAUAGACGUCGUUCCCACUUUCCUUCCAUUAUAUACCAACUAGCUAGUCUUUUUGUU